AUGGAAAAUGGAGACUCGCAGACGGUCGCUGUGGUCGAGACAGCUGCGCCAGCCCCAUCGCCCCCGCCGCCUCCAGACCCGAACCUAGACGAUGCCACGGCUGCUGUGCCAUUGCACGCCUCGCCGACUGAGAAGACCGACGAUCCGAUAGCCUUGGACUGCGAGACAUGGAACAUCAAAUCUGUGUCUGCGCUGGGCGCGUUGCGCAUGCUGAUCGAGGCAUUGGAGCGGCUGGCCGACGCGACUGGAGAUGUCCCGCCUACACCACCGGUCUCGAGGCCGUCCACGCCGAGGAGCAUGGAGAUGAGGAGAAUGCAUCGCAGGACACCGUCGUCGCUGAAACUGGCACAAGGAGCAGACGGCCUGCCCUCUCUACCCAUCGGUAGUCCCGAAGCCCAACCCCACGAACCCAUCACCGUGGAAGUCGGCGCCCAUGCCGAAGACAUCACCCUCCAACACGCCGCGAUAGCACGCCGCUUCUUCUCCAAGGUCCCCCCGCCCUUCACCCUCCAACAAUACCUCCUCCGCAUCCACCACUACUGCCCGCACUCGCCCGGCGUCUACCUCGCCGCAGUCGCCUACAUCCACCACCUCUGCGUCUCCGACCUGAUGGUGCCCGCCACAAACCGCACCAUCCACCGCCUCUCCCUCGCCGCCAUCCGCGUCGCAGCAAAAGCUUUGGAGGACAACAAGUGGGCGCAAGAACGCAUCGCGAAAGUCGGCGGCGUGAGCAACAACCAGCUCAUGAAUUUGGAGGUUACAUUAUGUUUUCUGCUGGACUUUGAGUUAUACGUCGAUGAGAAGAUCAUGGCGAGGAGGAUGUACAUGAUGCAACAGGCGGCGAAACAUGGAAUUGGGGCGAGGGGGCGGUUGAAUGAUCAGUUCAAGCUGAAGCUGCCGCAGCGUAACAAGGGCGUCAAAUGA